CUCCAGUUUCCACCUCAACACAACAUCUCUUCAUCUGAGCAUCGCACACAGCCUGAGCCUCACAGCGUCACAGCAAUCGCAAACCAAAUCAAGCCGUGCAAAAGCCUCGAGAAGAGAGGAGGAGGAGAUGGCGGCCGCAGCGAAGGCGUCGUGGAUGGUGGCGAUGAGCGUGGGCGCCGUGGAGGCGCUCAAGGACCAGGCGGGCCUCUGCCUCUGGAACUACGCGCUGCGAUCCAUCCACCGGGCCGCCAAGGCCAACGUUCCCAGCUUCGCGCCGGCCAAGAAGCUGGCUCCGGCGGUGGCGACGGCGAGGAGGCAAGCCGACAAGGCGGAGGAGGAGGGGAUGAGGACCGUCAUGUACCUCAGCUGCUGGGGACCUAACUAGUCUCCACUGUCUCUGUUUCAGCCUUCUGCAACCGAGCUUUGGCCUUUCUGUCCAUGCGUGCCGGUUCGGUUGGCCUUUCUGAUUGUAAUAUAGUAGAUGAUGAUGAUGAAAAUUUCUGGAAUUUCACUCAAGCAAGUGAAUCCUGCUCCUGUUCUAUAUUUGCCAACUCUCAUGGAACUAGGAUCCGUUUGAGCUGAGAACAAUCUUUUCAUA